AUGCCUCUUGCGAUCGGACAAUUGCGUUCUCUCCAAACAUUGCCAUUUUUCAAUAUUGGUGAAGAGGCGGGUCGACAAAUUGGACAAUUGAGGAGUUUAAAUAAUCUCAGUGGAAGUCUUGAGAUACGGAAUCUUGAAUUGGUGAGAAGCAAGGAAGAAGCCGAGUCUGCAAAUCUGUUUAAGAAGCAAAACAUUAAUGAGUUGAGAUUAUUGUGGAAUGAAUUAGAUAAUUUGAGAGAGAACGACAGAGAAUACAAUCAACUGUUGGAAGGCUUGCAUCCUCACCAAAAUUUGAAAGGUUUGAUAAUUGAAAGAUUUUUUGGUGAUCAGCUUUCAACAUGGAUUGGACAACUCAAGAAAUUGGUGAAGUUUGAAUUGCGAAAUUGUAGAACUUGCAAGGAGUUACCAACUCUUGGACACAUGCCCUUCCUCAAAUAUCUUCACCUGGAAGGACUCGACAACAUAACAACCAUAGGGCCUUCUUUUUAUGGUGAAUCAACCGUGCAUAGUGGCAGUAGCAGUAAAUUGUUUCCAACACUUGAACAUCUCAUUCUAGAAAACAUGCUAAAUUUGCGUGAAUGGGUGGAAGCGUCAGAUCAUGAUGGAGCAAUGGAGGUGUUUCCAGUCCUUAACACGAUGAGGAUUAAAAGACCUUCUCUUUCUUUCCUGGACAUACCAUACUGUAAGAAAUUAACUGACUUGCCCAAGGGGAAGCUUUGUUCUCUUACAAGCUUCAGAAGCUUAGAGAUUGGACCAUUCUCAGAAACCACAGAGCUGCGGUCCUUUCUAGACCUCUUUGAUGCUCUCCCCCAACCAAUGCACCCCUACUUGCCCUUCAUUUGGAAAUUGAGUCUGGUUGGAUGGCCUCAUUGGGAAUCUCUGCCCGACCAACUUCAGUAUCUCUCUGCUCUAACAUAUCUUGAACUAGAUGGUUUUGGAGUAAAAUCAUUGCCUGAUUGGUUUGGGAAGCUUUCGUCACUUGAACUACUCUACCUCUACAAUUGUAAAAAGUUAGAGAAUUUACCCUCUGACCAAACUAUGAGAAGCCUUACCAGACUAAGGGAGCUGCAGAUUGAAAUGUGUCCCCUUCUAAUGGAAAGAUGCAAUUCAGAGAGUAGCAGCAGCAGUAGCACCAACCCCGUGUCUGAGUGGUCCAAGAUCUCCCACAUUCCCAGAAUUAUAAUAAAUGGGCAACGAAUCAGAGGCUAA